AAGAAUUCGGAUAAUAAAAAAAAUAUAUUAAAAAAGAAAGAGGGGAGAGAGAGAGAGAGAGAGAGGAAGCCGGCGAACCCUAGCGCGCGAUGACGCGGGACGGCGGCGGCGCGCUGCCGCCGGCGGCGGCGGCGGCGGAUGGGCCGAGGCGGUGCUCGCAGUGCGGGCACCACGGGCACAACGCGCGGACGUGCACGGGGCGGGGCCCCGUGAAGCUGUUCGGGGUGCGGAUCGGCGACAAGCCGCCCACCGCCGCGGCGGCGGCUGGUGGGGGAGGAGGCAUGAGGAAGUGCGCCAGCAUGGGGAACCUCGCGCAGCUCGCGGCGGAGGGUAGCGGCGGCGGCGGCGGGAGGGAGGAGGGGUACGGCUCCGACGGGAACGACGACAAGCGGAGGAAGCGAGGUGAGGCAUGGUCAGAAGAGGAGCACAAAAAGUUUCUACUUGGGCUUAAUAAAUUAGGAAAAGGUGAUUGGCGUGGCAUAUCACGCAAUUAUGUUGUUUCAAGGACACCCACUCAAGUUGCUAGUCAUGCUCAAAAGUAUUUCAUUCGCCAAACAAAUGCACAUAGGAGGAAAAGAAGAUCAAGCCUCUUUGAUAUGGUGAUCGAUGAUUCUGAUGAUCAGCCUCUCUCCCGUACAUCUUCACAAGAAAUAGAAGAAGAAAACCUUGAAGAUGCACAGCCUGUUACUGCACCAGUGAUCCCACCUGCUCCUGUGCCUAUGCUAUCAUCCUCGUCAGGCCCGCCACCAGUGCCAACAAUGUCACCAGUUGCUCCAGGUCCUGUGUUUACAUCUGCUUUAGUUACGCUGCCAGUGUCAGCAGUGGCACCACAACAUGAGGAAAAGGAACCAGCUGCCUCAGAUUCAAAUACCAGAGAGACAGGGGUCAUGAGUCCAGAAGUCAUGCCCCCAUAUGGCUAUCCAAUGAUGCUCCCUCCAUACUACCCCCCAGCAUUUGUUCCAAUGCCCUACUAUGGAUAUGUGCCUGUGUUCUAUGCGCCACCAGGAGCAGCACAAGCAUCACAUGAGGUUGUCAAGCCUGUGGCUGUGCACUCAAAAUCUCCAGUACACGUCGACGAACUAUACAGCAUGUCUGAACUCAGCCUGAAGGGCGAGACAAGUGUGAGCAACGGCACUCCUAAUUCUCCCUUGCCCCCAAAACCAAUCGGUAGACCAGCCAGGCAAUCUGCUUUUCAUGGAAAAGGACCUGCUGAUGGCUCUUCAAAUGGACUGAUUCCUGCAAAGUGAUUCUGCGGUUAAACAUCCAUUCAUGUGUAUCUAAUGCUUUUAGAAGAUAGUAAACCAUAAUGCUCAUGCUGCUAAAGUGGUGCUGUUGUACAUGCAAAAUGUUUUACUGCAUUUUAGCUUUCAUGUUUGGAGGAAUUCUUGUAUGUUCUGCCUUCUGCGAGUAAAUUAACUUCUAGUUUGACAGAGAUGUAGCAUUCCUUUUGUCUGUUGUUAUUUCUCAGGGUUGCUCAAAUUAAGUUAAAAAAACCUGAAAGUAUUCAUACA